GUUUGUAAUCGGAGUUCUCUCGAGAGUAAGAUCAUUUCCCCCGCCGAACACGGGGCGGUGAGGAAGGGCAAAAUGGAACUUUGGUCGCGAGAUCGGACCAGGCGAAAUUUCGCCCGCGAUUUCGAGUCAUCGAGAGUGCGCAUCACCAUUCAGGCCUUCACCCGGGGCUCUUUUUCUCAAUUGCACUUCUCACUCUGAGCUGGAAGUUUCGGCGACCUCCAGCUAUAUUCUCUUUCCGGACCGCACAGAAGCGCCUGUGAUCGAGGAUAGCUUUCUAGGUCCUGGAUAUUAGGCCCUAGUUCUUCUUUAUAUCCAGAAAGUCACAGGAUGAAUUGACAGGAACAACCCUUUUUACGAAAAGCUACAACUUGUCUUUGACUGUCAACCCCGCACUCAUAUCCUCGUCCUAGCCGCCGGCCCUCACCAUGGCAGGACCUACUAAGAUCAAUAUUCUCGGUCGCGAGAGCAUCGUGGCAGACUUUGGAAUCUGGAGAAACCAUGUCGCUCAAGACCUGCUGACCGCUUGCCCGGCUACCACCUACGUCCUUAUUACCGACACGAAUAUCGGCUCGAUCUACACCCAGAGCUUCAAGGAUGCCUUCGAGAAGGCAACUGCGGGUGCCGCACCUGCACCCCGGCUUUUGAUCAAUGAGAUACCCCCCGGUGAAAGUUCGAAGUCGCGCCAUACGAAAGCAGAUAUCGAGGACUGGAUGCUGAGUCAGAGCCCACCAUGCGGCAGGGACACAGUGAUCAUUGCGUUGGGAGGAGGUGUGAUCGGUGACCUUACUGGUUAUGUGGCAGCGACCUACAUGCGUGGAGUCCGCUUCGUCCAGGUUCCCACGACUCUUCUGGCUAUGGUGGACUCUUCGAUCGGAGGCAAGACCGCGAUCGACACCCCGUUGGGAAAGAAUCUCAUUGGUGCGAUCUGGCAGCCUACGCGGAUCUAUAUCGAUCUCGAGUUUUUGAGUACGCUCUCGGAGCGUGAGUUCAUCAACGGGAUGGCGGAAGUGAUCAAAACUGCCGCGAUCUCGAGCGAAGAGGAGUUUACCGCUCUGGAGGAGAAUGCAGAUGCUAUCUUGGCAGCGGUCCGCAGUAAGAAGCGAGGCCCAGAGCGCUUUGAAGGUAUCCAAGACAUCUUGAAGGCAAGAAUCUUGGCUUCUGCACGUUUCAAGGCGUACGUGGUCUCCGAGGAUGAGCGUGAAGGUGGUCUGCGGAACCUGCUCAACUGGGGCCAUUCAAUCGGACACGCCAUUGAGGCUAUCGUUACUCCACAAGUUCUGCACGGAGAAUGUGUGGCCAUUGGCUCAGUCAAGGAAGCAGAGCUUGCGCGACACCUGGGCAUCCUCAAGGGGGUUGCGGUAUCCCGUGUCGUCAAAUGUCUUUCAGCCUAUGGGCUGCCUACUACGCUCAAGGACGAGCGGAUCAGGAAACUGACGGCCGGCAAACACUGCUCGCUCGACCAGAUAAUGUUCAACAUGGCGUUGGACAAGAAGAACGAUGGCCCAAAGAAGAAGGUUGUUCUUCUCUCCGCAAUCGGUCGCACCUAUGAACCAAAGGCUAGCGUGGUCUCAAACGAAGAUAUCAAAGCUGUCAUGGCCCCGAGCAUCGAGGUGUCUCCGGGUGUGCCACAGUCACUCGACGUUAUCUGCACACCCCCGGGUUCGAAGAGCAUUUCAAACAGAGCUCUUGUUCUUGCGGCCCUGGGCUCUGGCACGUGUCGCAUCAAGAAUCUGCUCCAUUCCGACGACACUGAGGUCAUGCUUAACGCACUUGAACGACUAGGUGCCGCUACCUUCUCCUGGGAAGAGGAGGGAGAAGUCCUGGUUGUUAAUGGCAAGGGUGGUAAGCUGGAGGCUACCCCUACGCAACUCUAUCUCGGCAAUGCUGGUACAGCAUCGCGGUUCCUCACGACGGUGGCUACUCUUGCGACCCCGACGACUGAAGUCGACUUUAACGUUCUGACUGGAAACAACCGGAUGAAGCAGCGACCUAUUGGAGAUCUGGUCAAGGCUUUGACGGCUAACGGUGCCUCGGUGGAGUAUCUCGAGAAGCAAGGAAGCUUGCCCCUGAAGAUUGCCGCCUCUGGUGGCUUCGCCGGAGGAGAGAUCGAGCUGGCCGCGAAGGUGUCCUCUCAAUAUGUCUCCUCGCUGCUGAUGUGCGCACCAUAUGCUAAGGAGCCCGUCACACUGCGCCUCGUGGGCGGAAAGCCCAUCUCGCAGCCCUACAUUGAUAUGACAACCGCCAUGAUGAGGUCUUUCGGUAUCGAUGUACAGAAAUCUACCACGGAGGAGCAUACCUAUCAUAUCCCCCAGGGCAGAUACGUCAAUCCGUCCGAGUAUGUGAUCGAGAGCGACGCUAGCUCUGCGACGUACCCUCUGGCUAUCGCGGCCAUCACUGGUACGAAAUGUACGGUUCCCAACAUUGGAUCGAAGUCUCUUCAGGGAGACGCUCGCUUCGCAGUUGACGUCCUCAGACCAAUGGGUUGCACGGUCGAGCAGACGGAUACGUCGACUACUGUGACUGGUCCUGCCGAUGGUAUUCUCAGGCCGCUGCCAAACGUGGAUAUGGAGCCGAUGACGGAUGCUUUCCUCACUGCGUCGGUCCUUGCAGCGGUCGCAAGAGGCCAGGGAUCGAACCACACCACCCGUAUCUAUGGUAUUGCAAACCAGCGAGUCAAGGAAUGCAACAGAAUCAAGGCCAUGAACGAUGAGCUCGCCAAAUUUGGUGUCACCUGCCGCGAGUUCGAUGAUGGAAUCGAGAUUGAUGGAAUUGAUCGGUCUACGUUGCGACAGCCCACGGAAGGCAUUUACUGCUACGAUGACCACCGCGUUGCUUUCAGUUUCAGCGUUCUUGCACUUGCAGCCCCUCAGCCGACUCUUAUCCUUGAGAAGGAGUGCGUCGGUAAGACGUGGCCUGGCUGGUGGGACACCAUGAAGCAGCUUUUCAAGGUGAAGCUUGAAGGCAAGGAGCUUAAGGAUGAGCACUCUGCAGUUGCACGUGUCGAGAAAGCCUCCGCAUCUAUCUUCAUUAUCGGCAUGCGCGGUGCUGGAAAGACAACAAGUGGACACUGGGUCGCGCGUUCAAUGAAGCGAGAGUUCGUGGAUCUCGACACUGAACUGGAGCGUAUUGAGGGCAUGACUAUCCCUGAGAUUAUUAAGGAGAGAGGCUGGGAAGGAUUCCGCGACGCUGAAUAUGCUCUUCUCAAGCGUGUGAUGACGGAGAAGCCUACUGGAUAUGUCUUUGCAUGCGGCGGCGGUGUCGUCGAGAUCCCCGAGGCUAGGAAACUGCUCGUCGACUACCACAAGAACAAGGGGAACGUUCUGCUUAUCAUGCGCGACAUCACGCAAGUCAUGAACUUCCUGCAGGUCGACAAGACGCGCCCAGCUUACGUUGAGGACAUGAUGGGCGUGUGGCUCCGCCGCAAGCCGUGGUUCCAGGAAUGCAGUAACAUCCAGUACUACAGCCAGCCUGUGACUGGGAGAAGCCUGACCCUCGCAUCGGAGGACUUCAACCGGUUUUUACGAGUUGUUACAGGACAGAUCGAUACUCUUAACAUCCUCAAGAAGAAGGAACACUCGUUCUUUGUCUCGCUGACGUUGCCCGAUCUACGUCCUCAUGCCGAUAUCCUCGAGAAAGUUGUAGUCGGGUCAGAUGCUAUAGAGCUACGGGUGGAUCUGCUCAAGGAUCCAAACUCGGACAGUGAUAUCCCUUCUGUUGACUAUGUCGCAGAGCAGAUGUCUUUCCUCCGAAGCCGCGUCGCUCUGCCGUUGGUGUUCACGAUCCGAACCAAGGCACAAGGCGGUCGCUUCCCAGAUGAUGCUUAUGAUGCUGCGAUCGAACUAUACCGGCUGGCCAUGAGAUCAGGGGCCGAGUUCGUUGACCUAGAGAUUACAUUCCCUGACGACCUGCUGCAGACAGUCACGGAGAUGAAGGGCUACUCGAAGAUUAUCGCAUCGCACCAUGACCCAGUUGGAAAGCUGUCAUGGGAAAACGGAUCCUGGAUUCAGUUCUACAACAAAGCUCUUCAGUACGGAGACAUCAUCAAGCUGGUCGGCGUUGCGAAGACGUUCCAUGACAAUUCCGCUCUGAUCAGGUUCAAGGAGUGGGCUGAGGAGUCUCAUGAUGUCCCCGUUAUCGCGAUCAACAUGGGCGAUGACGGCCGCCUUAGCCGUAUCCUGAACGGCUUCAUGACGCCAGUGUCGCACCCCAGUCUUCCUUUCAAGGCUGCACCGGGUCAGCUAUCUGCGACUGAGAUCCGCAGGGGUCUUUCCCUGAUCGGUAGUGUCAAGCCUAAGAAAUUUGCUCUCCUUGGAAAGCCGAUCUCCGCAUCACGUUCUCCGGCUCUGCACAACACCCUCUUUGCUGAGAUGGGUCUCCCACACCGUUAUGAGCUGCUUGAGACGGACAAUGCGCAGGAUGCCAAAGAAUUUAUCCGGUCUCCAGAUUUUGGUGGUGCCUCAGUUACUAUUCCGCUGAAGCUGGAUAUCAUGCCUCUUUUGGACGAAAUUGCGCAGGAAGCCCGGUUGAUCGGCGCUGUGAACACCAUCGUCCCCGUCAGCGACGGGGAGAACCAGCCCUCGCGCUUGGUCGGCCACAACACUGAUUGGCAGGGGAUGGUGCGCUGUAUUCGCAACGCGGGCGCAUAUGGUUCCGCCGGCAAGUCGAGUGCCUUGGUCAUCGGAGGUGGAGGAACUGCUCGCGCCGCGAUCUACGCUGUGUACAGCAUGGGCUACUCUCCCAUCUACGUCCUGGGUCGGAACCGCGAGAAGCUACAGGGUAUGGUAGCUCCGUACCCUAGCGGAUACAAUAUCCGCAUCGUGGAAGACAUUGCCGACAUAGAGAGCAUCCCGCACGUUGCCAUUGGCACGGUACCUGGUGAUAAGCCCAUCGAUCCUGGCAUGCGGGAAGUUCUCUGCCGCAUGUUCGAACGGGCUCAAGAGAUUGAUGGAAACGUUGGGGGUAACAGGACCGACAAGGUGCCUCGCGUGUUGCUGGAAAUGGCCUACAAGCCUGCCGUGACGGCACUGAUGCAGCUGGCAUCUGAUGCAGGUUGGACUGCAGUGCCGGGGUUGGAGGCGCUUGUCGGACAGGGUGUCUAUCAGUUCGAAUACUGGACGGGUAUCUCACCGUUGUACGAGGACGCAAGGGCUGCCGUGAUGGGCACAAAGUCAACGGAGAACUGAUCUCAUUUCUUUGUCUUGGAUAUUUACUCGGAGCGGAUAGUCUAGACAUCGACGUGUAACGGUAGAAAAAGACAGAAAAGUUAGAUUCGCUUUUACUAUCUCUACAUUAUUUGAAUUUUGUAUAUACCAAGCAGAUACUACUCUCGGAUCUCCUAGUUCACCGUCUUAUAGAGUUACAGAGUUACACUAUUAUUCUUGAAA